AUGUCUUCAGAACAGCCCUCGGACUCCCAACCCUCAAUGCUCGGCGGGCACGUCAAGUACGUCCAAGGCGCCGUCUCGUCCGCUUUAGGCUAUGAAUCGGGCCAACAAACGAAGGACGCUGCCGUGCACGAGAUGAAAGAUGCAAAGGCGCAGUCAGAUGACCAAAGCCCGCCCACUCAGUCUACGGUGCUCGGCAGUAUCGAGAAUGCCGUAGGGAAGGUCACUGGCUGUGAGGGCCUAGUCGAAGAAGGACAGCAGAGGAUUCCGGAGAAGAGAGGUGUUGAAGAGCAGAACGGUACUGGAUGA